AUGGCCGAGCCGAGGUCGCUUGCCAGAGUUGCCAUGAUCCUAACGUCAUACUCUCUUCUCUUCCGCCGGAGUUCGUCGGCACCAGCACCGGCGGGCACCCUCUGCAUCCCCCGUGAGCGGGACGCGCUUCUCGACUUCAAGGCCGGUCUCACCGACCCCGGCAACUUCCUCUCGUCGUGGCAAGGGGCGGACUGCUGCCAGUGGAAGGGCGUCAAAUGCAGCAACGGGACCGGCCACGUCGUCACGCUCCGAGUCAGCACUGGGUUUUACAGUCCGGAGCUCAUAGGAGGUGAGAUUCGCCCAUCCUUGCUCACUUUACAGCAUCUCGACUGGCUGGACCCCUCGGAGAAUGACUUCGGUGGCAAACCCAUCCCGGAGUUCAUCAGCGGCCUACGGAGCCUGACGAGCCUCAUCCUCUCUAACUCCAAUUUCGGCGGUCGGAUUCCUCCCCACAUUGGGAACCUCUCGAACCUAGUCAACCUCCAUAUCACCAAUAGUGAUGAUUUAACUGUGCCACAAACCUAUCAGCUCAUCUCGCCUGAUCUCGCAUGGGUGUCGCGCCUAUGGAAGCUCCAGAUACUCGACUUGGGUGGGGUGGACCUCAGCGCUGCCGUCGACUGGGCUCAUGCUCUCAGCAUGCUCCCCUCCCUAGAAAGCAUUUAUUUAAGCUUUUGUGGGCUACAGAACACCAUGCCUCCCCUAGUACAUUCCAAUCUCACAUCGCUGGAAUUCAUCAUGAUGAGUUGGAACCCCUUCAACCAAUCCAUCGGUGCCAUCAAUUUUGUUUGGAAUCUGCCUCUGCCUAGCCUCCUAGGGCUAUCGAUGAUGCACUGCGGUUUCCAUGGUUCUAUCCCGGACGCCGUGGGGAACUUGACCUCCCUUAAAGAAUUGUAUCUUGAUGAGAACCACAUCACUGGCACUGACGCAAUUCCAUUGACAUUGAAGAAACUCAAGAACCUAAAGGUACUCAGUUUAACAGAGAACUUUAUCAACAUGGACGUAGGGAAAAUGCUGGAUCGGUUGCCAUCAGAUGAAUUGGAGAUGUUGUCUUUGGACAACAAUAAUUUGACAGGGUCCUUACCAAUUGGUAUACGGGAACUCAUAAAGUUGAGAGGCUUAUGGCUAAGCUCUAACAACUUACAUGGUACAAUCACUGAGCAUAUUGGUGAGCUACGUGAACUGGAAUCUUUUGACCUCUCACAUAAUCUGCUCCGUGGUGAAAUUCCUGGAGGUUUAUCAGCUCUAUCAGCAUUGACCCGAUUGAACUUGUCAUAUACUCCUAACAAUCUGACAGGAACUAUACCAUCUGGGAAUCAAUUAAGAACUCUAGAUGAUCAAGCAUCUAUUUACAUCGGCAAUCCUGGUUUAUGUGGUCCACCUCUCAGAAGAAAUUGCUCGGGAAUUGACAUAACUCCGCUCGCCCCUGAAGAACAUGAAGGCAUGCACGAUGUGGUUUCGAUUUACCUCAGCAUGUGCAUUGGAUUUGUGGUAGGUCUCUGGAUUGUCUUCUGUGGCUUCUUAUUCAAAAGGAAAUGGAGAGUUAUGUUUUUCUUAUUUUCGGACCACAUGUAUGAUUGGGUUUACAUGCAAGUGGCUGUGGGCUGGAUUUCAUUGGCAAGAAAAAUCCGCGGAGGAUGAGAUAACA